GGGAGGUAAGCGAAGGGGAAACCCAGAAGAUGCGCAGAGGCACCCAGGGGUUGCGCUCGGAGCUAUCCUGUCCUGCGAGGCGGGUGGGCAUGCAAAGACCCUGAGGUUGGAGGCGUGCAAAGACCCUGAGGCUGGAGGCAGUGGUGUGCAUGUGCUUUACGCGGGGUCCCCACCCCAAUAUCUUCUUGAGUCUUCUGAAGCCCGGAAUGUGCUUGGCUGGGACUGAGCAGCUCAACAAAAUCCUUCCUAACGCUUCAUUCAUGCGACUUGGGGCCGGGCUGCUGCGGACGCCCGGGUUCCUCCCCUAGGCCCCUCCACCCGCUUCUCCAUCCUGCCCACCUCCUCCUCCCCCCAGCUCCGCCCCGCGUCUUCGCCCCCCGCCUGCUCCCUCUGGCCGCCGGCGCGCCACGCCGCUCUCGCUGCAGCGCUUCAGCCCCAGCGAAGCGCUCGGGGGUCUCCAGCUUCCAGCCCCUCAGCGGCGUCUCCAGGAAGCUCUGAUAGUCGAGAGGACGAGAAAGAACAAAAUGGAGAACAUGCUACUCUGGUUGAUAUUUUUCACUUUGGGGUGGGUCCUUAAUGAUGGAUCUGAAAUGGAACAGGAUUUCACGUGGCACUUGAGAAAACUACCCCGGCUUGUCAGUGAAAGGACUUUCCAUCUCACCAGCCCCACAUUUGAGGCCAAUGCUAAAAUGUUGUUAAAUAAAGUGUGUGGCAUCGAAUGUCACGAAAAUCUCCCAGCUCCCAGCCUGUCUGAAUUAGAAGAUUCUCUUUCCUAUGAGACUGUGUUUGAGAAUGGGACCCGGACUUUUACUAGGGUUAAAGUGAAAGAUCUGGUCCUUGAGCCUGCUCAAAACUUCACCUCUAAGGGAGUGUCUGUUCGGAGAAAGAGGCAGGUGUUUGGCACUGAUAGCAGGUUCAGCAUCUUGGACAAACGGUUCUUAACCAAUUUCCCAUUCAAUACUGCUGUGAAGAUCUCCACAGGCUGCAGUGGUGUUCUCGUCUCCCCCAAUCAUGUUCUAACAGCUGCCCAUUGUGUUCAUGAUGGAAAGGAUUAUAUCAAAGGGAGUAAGAAGCUAAGGGUAGGGUUGUUGAAGAUGAGAAGUAAAGGCAGUGGCAAGAGACGAAGGGCUUCGAAGAGGGACAGGAGGGAAGUUGAUGGUGGUAGCCAAAGAAAGGGUACCCAGAGGAAGCUGAGAGAGAGGAAGGCGGGAAGGAGAGGAAAGGAAUCUGGUCGGGGUCAGAGAGUGGCUGAUGGGAGGCCCUCCUUCCAGUGGACCCGAGUCAAGAAUACACACAUCCCCAAAGGCUGGGCUAGAGGAGGAAGGGGCGAGGCUGCCUUGGAUUAUGACUACGCUCUUCUGGAACUGAAGCGUGCUCACAAGAAGAAAUACAUGGACCUAGGCAUCAGCCCACCCAUCAAGAAGCUGCCAGGUGGAAUGAUCCACUUCUCAGGAUUUGAUCGUGAUAGGGCGGAUCAAUUAGUCUACAGGUUCUGCAGUGUGUCAGAUGAGUCCAAUGACCUCCUCUAUCAAUACUGCGAUGCUGAGUCUGGCUCAACUGGCUCUGGGGUCUAUCUCCGUCUGAAAGAGUCAGACACAAAGAAUUGGAAGCGCAAGAUUAUUGCUGUUUAUUCAGGUCACCAGUGGAUAGAUGUCCAUGGGGUUCAGAAGGACUACAACGUCGCAGUACGUAUAACCCCCCUCAAAUAUGCUCAGAUUUGCCUUUGGAUUCAUGGAGAUAAUGCCAAUUGUACUUAUGGCUAACAGUAACCUGCAAUGAAGUCGUGAGUAGUCUACAUCAGAGAGGGAACCAGUUCUGAUUAUUGUAGCAAUCUCACUCUAUAGGUUAUAUAACAUUUUGACAUUUUAAUGAAUUUAAUUUUUUUUAAAAAAAUUGAUGUCUAUUCUUUGAAGAGAUGUUUUAACACAGUUAUUGAAACUAGACUUCCAAACUAAGUAUAUAUUCUUCUUUACUUAGUGAUGUUUUAUUUGUAGGAUAAUUUUUAAUGUCUUCUUAAAAAAACACUUUAAAACUUCAAACUGGUGCUACAAAUAAUAAGCAAUUUAUCACUGAGUUUAUUUUCAGGGUCUUACACUAAGAAGAAUCUGAGAGUAGUACCAGAGUUAGAUUAGAGACUAGUUUACAAUACAGACUGUGGUAUUCUGAGAUGUAUCCAAUGAUCCCCUGACAUCAGGGUUUUCACUGUGUUUUCUCUGGGGUUUGAAAAACUUUAGAUACUUUUACAAAAGGAAUUGUAAGGGAUGGAAAACUCUAUAAACAAAACUAUUAACUUUUACUGCUUUCAAAGUGUCAACUCAAGUAUAUAUUAUUUUAAAAUGGGAGAACCAUUGUGUACUGUUAUAUAAGUAUUGUUUAAAAAUAGGGAAGCUGAGAUGUUUUAAGAUCUCAAGUUUUCGAUUAAUAAUAAAAACAUGGACUUUUGUGACUAAUUAGGGACUGAGGAUGUGAUUCAAGUGGUAGAGCUCAUGUCUUUCAUUCAGGGCUCUGGGUUCAAUCCAUGCUCCUAUCUAUCUUCCCUGCCAUGCAGCCAGCACUGCCUGAUGUGGUCCUGGUUGUACCUGACCACUGCUGGAUGUAACUGCAUAGCCUUUACAGUAAUAAAAAACAAAUAUGUACAAAUGAAAAAUGGACUUUGCAUUUUUUGUACAGUUUGACAGUAAAAAUGGUCAUUACUGAACACAUCAUUUUUUACUAUACUUUCUCCUAUUCAGGAGGUGCUAUUUUUUCCCUAACCUCAAGGAGUUCUACAUUUUUUCCCAAGAAAGUGUCUUAUUUGCCUCUUGACAAAGUUCAGAAUUCUACAUAGAACCAAAGGCCUACUCUUUUGAUGAAUUCUCUAGUAUUUGUAGAUGUGUUCUUUCAUAAAGAUGAAAUACAAUUUACAAAUGUAACCUUCCAAAGAAGGUUCUAAUAAUUUUCAUUGGGGACAAAACUAUAUGCUCACUCAUGCAGUCUAAGUAGACCAGUUCAGGCACCCGAUACGAAUUUCUGGAAUGGACUAACGCUUACCUGAAUGGCUGCAAAAGAGGUUUGGUUUUGGCCAUUAUGUUAAAAGGGUUUCAGUGAUACAUAAUCAAAUUUUUAUUAUAAAUCAAGUGAAUUAUAAUCAAAAUUCAGGAAUUAUGGCCUAAAUUUCUGUACUGUCCUUGGAAGUUUCUAGGGCACAUAUUCUUUUCUCUCGUGAUACAUCUACCAAGUCACAUUUUACCAGAGUUUCAACCUUAUUUUUAAAAUAAAAUAUAGAACUAUGCUCUUGACUUUCAUGUAAAAAAAUAUUCGAUUAGAUUAAAAUUAAAAGUAAUUUUGUAAAUGGUAUCCAAAAGUAUCAGAAAUUCGAUACAAUUGUACAUUUUUUUUUUCUUUUUGAGUCACACCCGGCAAUGCACAGAGGCCAUUCCUGGCUCACGCACUCAGGAAUUACCCCUGGUGGUGCUCAGGGGACCAUAUGGGAUGCUGGGAUUCGAACCUGGGUCGGCCGCGUGCAAGACAAAUGCCCUACCCGCUGUGCUAUCACUCCAGCCCCACAAUUGUACAUUUUUAAUGCAACUGUUAAAAUUAUUUAAUAAAGAUGAAAAAUUAGUCAUAAAUCUUCUCUACCUAUAUAUAUAU